AACAAUAAUAAUUUAUUACUUAUCCAUAUUUUUGUUGGGGUGUGCUAAAAUGCUGAUUUUUAAGUUGUGAAAGAAGAACUUCUCGCUUAUGCACUCAAAAUUAUUUUCUUUACUCCAGACUGUAUUAAUCUUGGUUGUAUUUUUGCUCUUGAUGUUUAUUUCAAUCUGGAUAAGCCCCCCAGAAAUACCUUUGGCAACAAACCUGUCCCUUGGUUACCAAUGGGGGCCAGACUCUAUGUUCCAGCCACAUAUGGGCUCGGAAAAGCCUUGAAUGGCCUGUGACUCUGAGGAAAAGGCCCUUUCUGGGUUCUAUAAGCAGUUUAACGAUAGCUCAGACUGGUUCAGUCCCUGUUAUGGUAGGGAAAUUAAUAGAACUGUGAUUGCCCUUGCUCCAAGCGGAGACCCAACUAUUGAAGACGUUGCUGAGAUUGUUACGGAGGAAACUAAACCGUUCAACCUCACUGUGAAGAUCUAUGAUAGCUACGAUGAACUAUGGGAAGCUCUCAAGCUCCAAAAGGAGCGCAUUUGUUUCGGAGCCGUACUUGGCACUGCAGAUUAUCAGAACAACUUAUUUGAGCUUGAUUUGAUAUUUGAAGAGAGGAUUGUUGAAUCUGAGAACGACUCUAACAUUCCUCAGCAGAAUUACCCUGUGUAUAAUUUGGACAAAGUGAGUCUUGAUUUUUGGGCUUAUCAUAAAUACAAAAUUGGAGGUUACACAUACCUGCAGAAUGUCUUCUCAAAUGUAGUCCUCAGGAAGAUAACCAACUCUGAAGGCUCUAUCUCCAUGGUCGUUGUACCAAUGAAGAGCCAAGGAUUAUUCGCAAAUUUCUUGGUUGCAGGUUCUGGAGGAGUACUUGCAUUUGGAUGCUUCUUAAUAAUGAUCCCUUCUGCAUUUAUUGUUACCUACUUCACUGUUGAAGAGAAGAGGUCAAAGAUAAGAGAACUCAUGAAGAUAAUGGGUCUUAAAGACACUUACUACUGGCUAUCCUGGCUGCUAUAUCACUCGGUUAAGACUACCUUUCAUUCAGUUCUGGUAGCUUGCCUGAUGAUCCCGAUUUUCAGGACCACUACAUUGGUGUUUUUCUUCUUCUACCUCUGGUUCUACGAGAUAUGGCUGUUUAGUUACUCAGUCCUGAUCGGGUCGAUGUUCAGGUCAGGGAAAAUAGCUGCGUUUUCAGCAUGAAUCAUCUUGGUAAUCAUUUCCUUAGCCCCAUCCUUCCUUGAGCAGAGGGAGUAUAAUGAGACUGCCAAGAUUUUGUUCUCUUUGAUCCCACCAAUAGGGAUGCAGAUGGCUGCUGAAAACAUAGUCUUCUUAGAAGCGAGCAGGGAAGGAGUGCAAUUUUCAAACUUCCGGGAGCUAAUUGACAACUACCGAAUGUCUACAUUCUACUGGACCACUUUUGUGUCUUCCCUCGUGGUUCUGGUAAUAGGGCUUUAUCUUGAGAAUGUCCUUCCAACUUCUCCAGGCGUCAGGAAAAGUCCUUGGUUCAUCUUUACCAAGUCAUUUUGGUGUAAAAGGAAGAAGCAACUAGUAUUUGAUGAGGUAGACUUAUCCCACCAGGACGACUCUCUUCGAAGGUUGUUUGAUACCUCGCAGCAUCAGCUGAACUACAUCAGGGACUCGUAUUUCGAGCCUCUAAGCCAAGAAGAAAUAGCGAAGAGAAAUAGUGAUAAAUGUAUUCUGGUCGAAGGCAUCUGAAAGGAAUAUGGCAAUGAUAAGGCCAUCACUAAUUUUACUACUGAGAUGUAUGAAGGUCAAAUUUAUGCACUUCUUGGACAUAACGGAGCAGGAAAAUCUACAAUUGUCAAUGUCUUAUCAGGCAUGGUCGGAUUUAGUAAAGGAAGCGGACUUGUAUAUGGCUAUGAUGUCAGAACAGAGAUGCAAGAGAUCAGGAAGAUUAUUGGGUUCUGUCCACAGAAAAACAUACUCUAUCCUGGCUUAACUAUCCUUGACCAUUUAUACAUCUUCGCACAAUUGAAGGGCAAGAAGAAAUCUGAGGUUACUCAUGAAGUCGAUGAACUUCUCUCCGAUUUGAGACUUGAAAAUGUUCGAAAUAAGUAUUGAAAGGAUAUCUCACAAGAAUCUAAACGUAAACUUUCUCUAGCAAUCUCUCUUAUCGGAGGCUCUAAGGUUGUUUUCCUUGAUGAACCUUCAAGUUGAAUGGAUAUCGACUCACGUAAGGAGAUGUGGAAGAUUCUCCACAAGUACAAAUCUGGGCGAAUAAUUAUCUUAAUCACUCAUUACAUGGAAGAAGCUGAUUUCUUAGGCGAUAAGAUCGGAAUAAUGUCCCAUGGCCAACUUAUAUGAUCUGGUACUACAGUCUUCUUAAAGGAAAAAUUUGGUGAAGGAUAUAACAUCCACUUCGUCAAAGAGAAUCGGGAGGAAAAUCUUGAGCUAGAGCGGUUUAUUACAGAUUAUUUCCCAGAUUCUAACAAAGUCUCUGAGAUUAGCCAUGAAGCAAUUUAUCUGCUACCUAAGAACUUGGAGAACCAAUUUCCUAUAUUCUUUAAGGAGCUUGAUGCUAGUUUGGACAAACUUGGGGUCUCGUCUUAUGAGAUUUCGAUGACUACACUUGAAGAGGUCUUUUUGAGGAUUGAAAAAGAAGCUGACUCUUUUCAAGAAACUGGAGAAGCAACUAUUCAUAGAAGUGAUUCUGAGCUAUUACUUCCUAAGAUUUAUAGUAUUGCUAAUGAACAGAUCCAAGGAAAACUAGCAGUUUUUAGGACCCAUUUUUAUGCUCUUUUGUGCAAAAGAUUUAAAAUCACUAGGCGAAGUUUUACUACGAUAAUGCUUGAUGUGAUAUUACCCUUAUUGCUUAUAUUUUUAGGAAUCCUUGGGUAUAAAGCUUUAGAACCGAAAGUCUCUUCUCCAAGGGAAUUAGGGAUAUCAUUGUAUCCAGAGCCACAAAGAAUUCUAUACAACUCUGAAUGUGUCAGAGGUACUGGGGCCCCAGAAGAUAUCAUGCAGUAUCUGGACGGUUAUGGGGAGUAUGUAAUCUCUGAACCUGUAGAAACAUUAUCUGUUGACUCCAUUCUUGCUUUAGAAAGAUUUGAUACUUAUGUCUUUAAACAUAUUGGAGAAUACCCUCAGGAGCCGCCACAGUACGGGAGUUAUUAUUUCCACACUAUCGAGCCUGUCAGACAUAUUUACAAAGUAGCGACUUUGGUGAACUCAACUAGUCAAGAGUCAUCGGUAGUGUUCCCUCAUGCUGUUUACCAAGCUAUCUUGCGGAAAGCAUCUGGAGAUAGGAAUUUACAAUUUCGGACGACUACGAAGCCAAUGCCGAUGAACUUGGAAACUUUUCUUGUUGAAAGGAAGGCAAUGACAACUUACAUAACUGGUACAGGAUCUAUUGCGUUUAUAAUGAUGAUGGUGAGCACUAUUGCUUUGCUCCUGAAUGAGAGGGCUCAAAAAUUAUUUCAUUUUCAGUGGUUAAAUGGAGUUGGCAAAGGGACUUACUGGGCAUCCAACCUGAUCUAUGAUGUUAUCAAAGUUUACAUUGUAUUUGCAAUGAUUUAUGUGCUGCUUAAGAUCACAUCGGUUCCUGUUCCUUAUGUAGGCCUUCUGUUGGCAAUUUCUCCCAUUCCAAUAGUGAGUCAUACCUAUUUUGUGACACUGUUAUUUAAAAAUCCUAUCACUGCUGCAAAUGUUAGCUUCUUACUAAAUUUCUUAAUAUGCGGGGUUGGCCCUUUUAUGGUAAACAACUUAUUGAUUGUCAGAGACUUCAGAGUUCUCAGCAUAUCUCUAAUGUGGGUGCUUCGGAUAUCACCAUUAUACUGCCUCAUCGGAGGAAUUUCGAACAUUCUAGUGAAAGACUAUGUUGGAGUGCUGUACGGAAUCUAUGAGCCUUUAGCCCCUUUCUCUGUCAGAGUGGCAGGAGGUGAUCUGAUAUUCCUCUGAGUCCAUUUCUUUCUCUGGCCGGGUGUUUUAUAUGUUUUAGAGUCGAAGUUACUUAUUUGAAAGAGGAAGAAAAAUUAUUAUGACAAGCCGAGAUACCUCAACUGUGAUAAGGAGAUUAUCGCAGAGAGAUCUAGAGUGAGCAAGAUUCCUCCAGAUUCUCUUGCAGUCAAGCUAGAUUGCCCAGAAACUAUUAUUAAGAAGAAAAUGCUCUUGAAAGGAGUAGCUCUAGCUAUAGAAUACGGUGAAUGAUACUGCUUGCUUGGCACUAAUGGAGCUGGCAAAUCAAUAGCUUUAAAGAUGCUUAUUGGCCAAGCUUCCAUUUCCCGUGGAGAUUGAUAUAUCAACGGCUAUAGUAGCAAGAGAGACUUAAUAAAGGCACGAAACCAGUUUGGAUAUUGUCCUCAGGAUAAUCCGAUCUUUAAAAACCUGACUGUAAUUGAACACCUUGAGUUCUAUGCUCGGGCCAAGAGGAUUCCAAGAACUUAUCGGGAACAAUUGAAUCAGGAUAUUUUGAAGAAACUAAAUUUGUUGAAAUAUAAAUAACAAGAGAGCUUGGAAACUAUCAGAGGGGAACAAGAGGAAACUUUCAGUUGCAAUAGCUUUACUCGGAAGCCCCCCUGUUAUGCUUCUUGAUGAGCCCUCUUCAGGCAUGGAUCCCAAAUCUAAACGCUUUAUGUGGGAAAUUAUUACUAAGAUCAGUGACAAUGAUGAAAGAGCUUCUGUGGUGCUUACCACCCAUUCGAUGGAGGAAGCAGAGACCAUGUCUACGAACAUGGGGAUCCUUGUUGAAGGCGAGCUUCGAUGCUUCGGCUCAAAACUUGAAAUUAAAGAGAAGUUUAACACAGAAUACCAGAUCGAGGUCAGGUUCAAAGAGCUUACUAAUUCCGAAAUCGAGCAGAUCAUCGAACAACAUGAAAUUAUAGACUAUCUUGACAAGUACUGCCGAGGUAUGUAUAAAACUGAAAAAGGCAGCCAAAGAGCCGUCCUUAUUAAUGACGAGGUCUGUAGAGGGAUGCUUACUAAGAUAUUUGACAAUGAUUUCGCAGCACAAGAGUUCACUCAUAAUGGUUUUGGGAGGGACAUCCGGUACAUUCUAGAGGACAACCAGUAUUAUCCAUUACAUUCGUUGAUAAAAUGGCAGGACUUUAUGAGCAAAGUGAAGAAGAGUAUUGACUUUUUCGUAAAGAAAUUUGGCAAGACAUCCCUUGUAGAGGAAAUCCUCCCCAAAUGUAGAUUUAGAGUCCCAAAAUUAGGCAAACCUAUCGGCAAUUUCUUUAAUCUUAUGGAACGAGAGAAGGAAGAUCUUGAAAUAGCAGAUUAUUCUAUAUCACAAGCUAAUUUGGAGCAGAUCUUCACCAUGUUUAGUGAGAAGAGAAACCAUGUAUAUAAAAGUAGAAGAUACGUGUCUCAAGAUCUUGAUGGUGGAGGCUCCUUUACUCAAACUCUCGACCAAGAAGAUCUAGAAGGGAUUGAACAGCAAUUUAUGCAACAAGUGUAAAUUUGUGUUAUUUUUAUCUGAAUUUUCAAUGAA